AGAUGGAAAACUAAAAGCAAGUACUUGUUUUGAAAUUAAAUUAUGGAAAUUCACUUCAAAUACUUCCUCUUCAUAUUUCUGAUUUAACAAUAACUUCAUCAUUUAAUUUCUAAAAAUAAUGGAGAUAUUAUUCAUUUACUAUUUUAGGAACUGAAUUAAGUACAAGGUUAGUUCUUGAUUCAUAAAAUACUGAAUAAUUUGUUUAUAAAGGAUACUAUUCUAUCGCUUAUUAUAUUGCAAAUACAGACUAAUUAUAAUACACAUUAUAUUUCUAAUUCACUGUUACAGUUUUAAGAUCAAAUGGAGCUGCAGUCGACACAUCUUUCAAACCAAUAAGUUAGAAAGAAUCAGUAGGAUGCACACCAAAUUUACCUUGUGUUAUAACAGCUGCUACUACAUUAAAAUGGUGUACAGAUUUGAAAUGUACAGCUUAUGAAACUCCAGAUCUUCAUUUAAAUGAUUAAUUUGUUUUAUAAUAAAUUGUCACCACAGCUGGUUUGACUAAUUAUUAUUUAACUGGAACUGAAGUUUGGUAUACUGGUGGUGGAUUGAAUAAGAAAGCAACUCUUGAAUAAGUGAUUAAUACUACUCCAGGAUAAGCAAUUAUUUAAUUAAAAGCUGAAAUUGCUUGGAGAGCAGUAACAAUAAGAGUUACUUCAGUUCUAGCAAACGCAUCAUCAGGAAGAAGAUUAUUAGUUUAAAGUACUUAUGAUACAGUCAAUGGAUAAACUGAAUAAAUUGAAUGCAUCAAAGCUAAAGGAUCAGAAACAUGUGCCACUUGUGAAUAGGAAUGUUAAGCUAAUGGAUUUGCUCGUGAUGGUUGUGAAGAAUGUUCCUUUUCCUAAUAAAUAGCAUUUGUUUUCUUGGCUUUAUUAUUAGCAUUAACAUUUUGAAUUAUAAAUAUAUAUUCAAUCAUUUUAUAUUAAAUUAAAACAAAAAAAA